CAUUGGACAGUUAGUCAUGAGUCAGUAGCUUCGUUAUUCACUAAAACACCGUUCGUUGUUGGAUCGGCUUGAAUUAAACGUUUCCGGUAAUUUAACUAGAAAAUAGUGAGUGAUGGAAUAUUUGGACGCGAUCAUCACCGUGGUGAUGUUGUGCCUGGCCAUUUAUCUUUAUUUCGAUCGGAAGCAUAACUAUUGGGCGGAUCGUAAAGUGCCAUUCCUGAAGCCACAAUUUUUCUACGGCAAUGCAAAAACCAUGGGACGAACUGAAUCAUUUGCCGAUCUAUUCCGACGAUUUUACAUUGAAUUGAAGGAAUUGGGACCAUUCGGAGGAAUUUAUCUGUUCACUAGGCCGAUUGCCGUGGUUACGGAUUUGGAUCUAGUUCAGAAUAUUUUUGUGAAGGAUUUCCACGAUUUUCAUGAUCGUGGAGUUUACUAUAAUGAAAAAUACGAUCCUCUGUCGGCUCACAUGUUCAACAUUGCAGGCAGCAAAUGGAAGUCACUAAGGCACAAACUAUCGCCGACGUUCACUUCCGGAAAGAUGAAAAUGAUGUUUCCCACGAUUGUGGCAGCCGGUGAGCAGUUUAAUGAUUUUCUGCAGACUAAAGCCAAACAGCAAAGUGAACUGGAACUGAAAGAUUUGCUGGCUCGGUAUACGACGGACGUUAUUGGAAUGUGUGCAUUCGGCAUCGAAUGCAAUUCGAUGAAGGAUCCAAACGCACAGUUUCGAGUGAUGGGGAAGAAAAUAUUUUCGCGAUCCCGUAGUAGAAUCAGUGGGCUUCUGAUUACCAUCGCUCCGAAUUUAGCGCAAAAACUAGGAAUCAGUAAUAUUGAUCCGGAUGUGUCCGAAUUCUUUUUAAAUGUGGUUCGCGAAACGAUCGAUUAUCGAAUUAAGAAUAACAUACAGAGAAAUGAUUUUAUGGAUUUACUGAUACGGAUGAAUUCCGCAGAUGACACUAAAAGUGGUGAUGGUCUGCUUUCCUUCUACGAAAUUGCAGCUCAGGCGUUUGUAUUCUAUGCCGCUGGAUUUGAAACUAGCUCUACAUUGCUGACUUGGACACUGUAUGAGCUUGCAUUGAAUCAGGAUAUUCAGCAAAAAGGACGGCAACAUGUGCUGGACAUUUUAAAUAAGCAUAAUAACGAAAUGACAUAUGAGUCUCUCAUGGACAUGAAAUAUUUAGAUCAAAUUCUGAACGAGUCCCUUCGCAAACAUCCACCCGUCCCCGUUCAUUUCCGAGUGGCGACUAAGGACUAUCAGGUUCCCAACACGGAAACCAUAAUUGAAGCAGGAACACGCAUAUUUAUACCUGUUUAUGGAAUUCAUCGCGAUCCGGAAAUAUAUCCCGAUCCUGAACGAUUCGAUCCGGAACGGUUCAGUGCAAACAGUGAACAGAAUCGACACCCGUACGCCUGGACGCCGUUUGGUGAAGGACCGCGAAUCUGCGUCGGACUGCGGUUUGGAAUGAUGCAAGCUCGGAUUGGACUGGCGUAUUUGUUGAAAAAUUUUAGAUUUUCUAUUGGAGAAAAGUGCAAAGUUCCGUUGGAGCUCGAUUUAAAAGGUUUCGUUCUUGCACCGAAAGGAGGUUUGUGGUUGAAGGUGGAGAAAAUUUAAUGUUGUUGAAUGAUGAGUAAAAGGAUUCAUCCAAUCUGUAUGUUCAUUGGGAAUGUCGAUUUCAGCGAAUCGCAAAAAAGAUGCUGUUAGGGGCUGUAUUUUAAAAUUUUCUACUGUAAAAGUUCCGUAACUAAUCGUUCUAGUUUGAAUGUGAGCGACGCAUGUUUUUGUUUUUGUUUCAAUCAGUACUGACAAGUAUCUGAUAACCAUGCGAGUUUUGUGACUGAGUCAUUUAUUUUUUGCUAACGACACUAUCCAGUAAAUUUCAUGCAAAAAUUUUAAUGAACUGUACUAAUCUUAAACAACCUUUAAAGUAAAUAAAACUAAGGUUACAAGGAA